GGUUGUGCAUGCCGCAGAAAACCGUAAUUUUCCCACGAUCGGCAUUAUAAUGAAGAAACCACAGUAGUCAUGAAUGCUGUCAACUUCAAGAGUGAAGAGGAGGUGAAGGAGUAUUUGGCAAAUCUGGAGACAGAAUACAACUACCAGUGCUAUCGCGAAAAAUCGGGGGAAGGUUGCUACAGGUUAGGUGAAUUCUACGCCGGCAUCAGGGGCGAUUUGAGCAAGGCAGCCCCUGCGUAUGCUACCAGCUGCAACACAUACAGCCACGCCGUGUCUUGUAACAAGCUGGCAGCGUUGCAUUUGUAUGGCAAAGGUGUAGACAAAGACAGAAGAAAAGCUGUGGACUAUUUCGUCAAGAGCUGUGAAGGCGGCUACCUGACAGGGUGCUACGGGGCAGGUGUGGCACUGAGCGGGGGUGACACUGAGGACCCGCCCCAGGCAGCCGCCUUCCUACAGCGGGCCUGCGAAGGCGACCACCAGGAGGGCUGCUUCCAGCUAGGCGGGGUGUACUUGCGGGGUCUUGGGGCGGUGGAGAAGGACCUGGCCAAGGCCUUCCACUACACGCUGCGCAGCUGCCAGCUGGGCCAGAUGUACGGCUGCGCCAACGUGAGCCGCAUGUAUAGGCUGGGUGACGGCACGGCCAAAGACGAGAAGCUUGCGGAGGAGUAUAAAGCCAAGGCUAAGGAGCUCCACCGCCAAGCCAAGGAGAAAGCAGCCCAGUUGAAGUUUGGAGAAACGGGUGGCAAAUGAUUACAGGGCGAGUUGUUAUGCCGGUUUAUACGUGUUCUUUAGGUGGAUGCAAAAGCGAAGUGACUUUGAUGUUUUCACUAAGCAUUUGCAGGGAACUUUGCUGGUGUUGAAAUGUGUUCAACUUCUGGAAAUUUGCAGUGCGUAUAAUGAACAAUUCCACCUUUGUGCUCCCUUUUGCAUAGAGUGUGUACUGGCCUGUACCCAACAUGAAAAUUUUUAGCUCUUUGCUGGAAAGGUGCUUAUGUCCCAUCACCAAGAAUUCCCUACAAACUGACUUUCAAAACCCCCAAACUCAGAAAGUUUUUCCAGCACUUGAAGUUGGGAACGUUCCCAAAUCCUCAGUAUUCUUUACAUGGUAUCUUUGUGGGGGCAUCAGACCAAAGAUAUAACAGCCGUUGGGUUCUGCGCACCUUCUCCAGUCUUGCUCAGAUCCUCAGAAAUCUUUUGAUGGAUUCUGAAGGGUCUAGGAGAAAAUCAGUCCUACAUGUAUGAUGUACUUUCCCAUGGCAUUGUCCUUGAGUUUGGUAAAUGUACUUUGAAGUUAAAAUAAAAAUUGCUUUUUCAGAGUCUUUCAGAUGUCAUUUGACAGUUUUAAAAAUGUCUCAGGCUAGAGAAGACUAAUUCUUUCACUAAAGAACAUGUACAUGUAAUCUUACUUUUAGCAGGGUUGUUUUCUAGAGUGAAUUAGCAGCAGUGUCCCAGAUCUGCAUUUUCAGAUUCGGAAGGAAUGGUCUACUAAAAACCAGGAUGUCUGUUGUAAGUAUAUAUUUUGCCUCAAGUUGAAAGGGGGAGGCAUUUUCCAUUUUCGACCAAUUUUGUGGAACCUGUACUUAAUUCUCACAGAUGAAGCACUGGUCAGUUGACUAAGAUCAAAUGGCAAUUGGACAGGUAUUUUAAAACCUUCAAAGCAAGUUGCAAUUAAAGACUGAUCGCACAGAACCUCACAUUUGUCCAGUUUGGGUUCAUCCGAAGAAUUUGAAAUGGAUUCCAUGGUUGACAGUCAUAGUUUUUUGUUGCCUGCUUCAGUUUUGUCACUAUGCUAACUUCUUAUCUGCUUUCAAAGGUUUAACCCUAUGGCUUCGUUAAACUCUAGUUUUUAACUUGUAACUACAGUCAAACCUUGUUAAUAAGAGCACUGUUAAUAUAAGAUUCUGCGUAUAGCAAGUAAAGUUUGACGUCCCAAUCUUUUGUUUUUCAUUAUUUUCUUUCCUGACAAUGUAAGGCUCCUGUUAUAACAAGGUGAUUUGCCAAGUCCGAAUGACUUCCUGUUAACCAGGUUCAACUGUAAAGAGGCGUUGCGUGGUAGCCAUCUUGCAGGGCCCUUGUUUUGUUCCACAUGGAAAUCUUUCCGCAUACCCUGUGGAACAAAAGCACUGGCUUCCAAGAUGGCAGCCAUGCAAACCCAUUAUUGAAGGGGACAUGUGUACAUUGCCUGACAGCAAUCCUGUUGUGGUGCACGCUAUGCAAGUGUUGGUGAUGAGCCUUUUGCUUGUUUAUGUACAACACGAAACAUAGAUUGAAUCUUAGUUCACUGUCAGAUUGGUUCAUCAUUUGAGAGUUGUUGCACGUUUCAAAAAAGAAACAGCUGAUGUACAAACUUGUGUAAUCUGACAGUGAUUUGUGUAUGUCGGGCUUCAUUUUGCGAUUUGCUAAGGGUAUGCAGUAACUUCUCUCACCCAGCUUGUCUUGCCAAAUACAUGUACAUGAAUUUUUGCAAAGCAGAAUAAAUAUCUGUAAGCAGUCAGUAAACUGGUUUUAUAUGAGGAUUUGUAAACUUGUAAUAUAGGAAGGGCGUUACUCUCAGCAAACAUUUUCAGUCGCUCUACUUUUUGAAUUUGUCAAUGGAUACGCACGUAAUUUUUGACAGUAUUGCCAUUUCUCGAGAUGUUCCCACUUGUGAUACAUGUAUUUGGUUUUAUUUUGGACUCUGAUCGUGUUCCCGAGAAAGUGUAUACAUGUAAACCUGUUAACAAAUUCACAACAGUCAGGGUAUAGAACAGAAAAUUUUACCAGGGCACUGUUGAAUUUACCAGAGCUCACAUUACUGAUUCAUCGUUCAGCACAGUACACGUACGCCAUGUUCAUUCAUUUUGUCUAUGAGAAAUACAUGGACAAAACAUUUGCAAGUAUAUUGAUAUUUAUGAGGUGGUUUCAAAGUUGUGUGCAAUACAUGUACGUUGUGCUUUGGCAUGUUUGAUAUAUCCGUUCUGCCUGUUCAUAUGAACAUGCUUGGCUUUUUGUACAUGGUGUUUCACUGCUAAACAAAGUACCCAAGCGAACAUAUGUACAUCACGCGCACAAUUGUACAUCACACGCACAAUUGUGUGUGAAAGGCAUUAGGGUAAUUUCAGAAAUUUGGAGUCCAAACGUGUGACAUUUUUGUGUCCCAGUUACAUCUGACCUUUGUUAUUUG